CCCGGCCUCGCCGGCAGCUCCGUGCGCCCCCUCCCGACCCUCACCCCGGUCCAGUCUUCCGGCCACAGCCUGACCAAGCCAAGCCCUGAGGGAAGGAGCCUCGCGCGUUCUCGCCCGCCGGGCACCCAGCGUGGCCCACUGAGCCCGCCGGGAGGAACGCUCUGUGGAUCUGAUGCGUGGCACCCGGGCGGAGAUGGGUAGCUGUGUCCCGGCCCUGCGCGCCUGAUGAGAGCGGCCGCGACUCGAGAGACCUGCGCCGGUCGCUAAGAGCGAGGUGCCUCACCCGGCUGCGCCCCCUGCCACCCGCGAUCCCAGUUCCUCGAACGACAACCGCUGGCCGCUCCCGAAAGGCCGAAAGGGAACGGCCCGGAGAUGGCCUGGGGAGCUGGCGCUUUGGUGGUGGAUAUCUUCCACGUCGUUCACGCCCGGGGACAGCCCCGGAGCUGGUAGCUUCUCGGCACCGAAUGGACCUUGACCCGCGAGGCUGCGCCGCGUUCGUGUCGAGCCGCGGUUGAGCAGCGCGAGUGGAGCGCGCUCCCGAAGGGCGCCCGAGUCCCAGACCCGCUCGCUUUCGUGGCCAUGAAGAUGAUCCUGGUGCGCAGGUUCCGCGUGCUCAUCCUGAUGGUGUUCCUGCUGGCCUGCGCGCUGCACAUCGUGCUGGACUUGCUGCCCAAGCUGGAGCGCCGCGCCGAGCGGCCCUCUGGUGAACCCGGUUGCUCUUGCGCUCAGCCCGCGGCCGAGGCGGCUGCGCCCGGUUGGGCCCAGGCACGGGGCCGCCCGGGAGAGCCCUCGGCCGCGGGCGACGCGGGCUGGCCCAACAAACACACGCUGCGCAUCCUGCAGGACUUCAGCUCAGACCCUGCCUCCAACCUCACGUCCCACUCUCUGGAGAAACUGCCGCCUGCAGCUGAGCCGGCUGAGCGCGCCUCCAAAGGGCAGGAGCCUGGAGACCCGCGGCCGCGCGACCCUGCACACAAGCCGCUACUGCGAGACCCCGGUCCCUGGCGGUCCGCGCCGCCCCCUGGCCCCAGCAGGGAGGGCUCCCUCUUGGCCAGAUUAUUCGAGCACCCGCUCUACCGCGGGGCCAUUCCGCCUCUGACAGAGGACGACGUCCUGUUUAAUGUGAACAGCGAUAUCAGGUUCAACCCCAAGGCAGCUGAGAACCCGGACUGGCCACGUGAAGGUGCUGAAGGUGAAGAAUUGCUCCCCACUGGGGAGGUGGCCUUGGACUCCUAUCCCAACUGGCUCAAAUUCCACAUUGGCAUCAACCGCUACGAACUGUACUCCAGACACAACCCAGCCAUCGAAGCUCUGCUGCAGGACCUUGGCUCUCAGAAGAUCACCAGUGUAGCCAUGAAGUCCGGGGGCACGCAGCUCAAGCUCAUCAUGACGUUCCAGAACUACGGGCAAGCACUGUUCAAACCCAUGAAGCAAACCAGGGAGCAGGAGACGCCCCCCGACUUUUUUUAUUUCUCUGACUACGAGCGGCACAAUGCGGAGAUUGCUGCCUUCCACCUGGACAGGAUCCUGGACUUCCGCAGAGUCCCUCCUGUGGCCGGCAGGAUGGUCAACAUGACCAAAGAAAUUCGGGAUGUCACUCGAGACAAGAAGCUGUGGAGGACUUUCUUUGUCUCUCCAGCCAACAACAUCUGCUUCUACGGGGAGUGCUCCUACUACUGCUCCACAGAGCACGCACUGUGUGGGAGGCCAGACCAGAUAGAGGGCUCCCUGGCAGCCUUCCUGCCCGACCUGUCCCUGGCCAAGAGGAAGACCUGGCGCAACCCCUGGCGACGCUCCUACCACAAGCGCAAGAAAGCAGAGUGGGAAGUUGACCCCGACUACUGUGAGGAGGUGAAACAGACUCCGCCCUACGACAGCGGCCACCGCAUCCUGGACAUCAUGGAUAUGACCAUCUUUGAUUUCCUCAUGGGGAAUAUGGACCGCCACCACUACGAGACUUUCGAGAAGUUCGGAAAUGAGACAUUCAUCAUCCACCUGGACAACGGAAGAGGGUUUGGGAAAUACGCGCACGACGAGCUUUCCAUCCUGGUACCUCUACAGCAGUGCUGCAGGAUCAGGAAGUCCACCUACCUGCGCCUGCAGCUGCUGGCUAAGGACGAGUACAAGCUGAGCCUGUUGAUGGCUGAGUCUCUGCAGAGGGACAGGGUGGCACCCGUCCUGUUCCGGCUACACCUGGAGGCUCUGGACCGGCGGCUGCGCAUCGUGCUGCAGGCCGUGCGUGAUUGUGUGGAGAGAGACGGGCUACGCGGCGUGGUGGAGGACGACCUGGACCCUGGGCACAGAACCUCCACUGAGAGGUAGUGACCUGCACUACCCGCACUGCCCACCCAGGAGCAUGGCUGCACACGCCACAUCAUGAUUCCGUGAAGUCGUGGACAGGACAGGGUUGUCCCUGCAGUGACCUGCCGCCCAGUGGCACAGCCUCCUGAGGGGCUCCGACAGGACACUUCCAUGCUUCUCCAAGACCCAGGACAGGCAGGAUGUGCUGCCUGUGGCUGCAGUAGAGGCCUCCGGUCCUUUUUGUGGGAGAGGAAGCCUAUUUCACUGUUUUAUAUUUACAUAAGGUGCAAUGUACCAUGGGAGGGACGUCCACACAGGCCAUGGUCACCUCCAGCCCUGCCCGAGGGCUCUCUCCUGGUCCUGUGUGGCGCCUGCACUCUGCACCUUCUCUUUCUGCUCUUGCCUCUCACGCCUCCGCAUUUGGAGGCUGGAGAGACCCUUUGGGGAUGAAGGGGGUUCCCGGUGGAUGUCAGGGCCUGCGUGUGGACAGAUGGACACCCGAGUGUGAAUGACCAGUUAUUCCAGUAUCCAGCAGUGGCCCUGCCCCUCCCCGUUGCAGCAGGCACCACGGCUUUGCUCUGGACAGUUGGUAUGAACGUCACACGGGUCCUCAGGGGCCACAGCAGCAGGCCGACCUCCCCGGCAUCUUUGUGGAGUAGUUUGCGAUGUGGUAAAAGUGCAAUAAAGAUACGGCAAGCGUG